CCUAGUUACCCUUAGUAACCAACUAUGUGACGGAGGACAAACCAAAGGAAAGACAUUGUGUGAAUCUCAAAGAAGUAACUGCAACCAAAUUACUUAAAUUUUUAUGGCUUGAAGAGCAUACUGCCUUUUUCAUUCGCGUUUGAUUGAUCAACAUGUUAAAUGAAGACUAGUUUUACAGUUUUCAUAAUUGACUUUUUUAUUCAAAUAGGACUGAAUCAAACCUAUCUGAGAAGCUUGCUGCUGUUUUAGCUGAACACUGGAUUGACUCUCCAGUACAAUAUGCGUCGUGGUGACCGGUUAACAUGGCCUGGUGAUGCUCAGAGACGUGAAGAAAGAAGAACGGAGGUCAGAUUGGCUCAGGGUUUGCAGAGACUUGACCAGGCUAAACUAUAUCACCUCAACACACUGACCAGAGAACAGCACAGACUACAUCGAGAUCUUAUCUCCAUGAAAACAGGUAACCCCUGGAGAAGAGGACUUCACAGUUUGGGGCUGCGAUCCUCCAACCAUGAUGUUAUCCGCCCUGCUGUGUCCUACAAAAAGACUCUAUUACCCAUAAUCCCACUGGCAGGCAGAGAGGCAGACAGUCAAAGGUCGAUGAAACCCCAGCCAUCAUCAUCAUCAUCUCUGCAGGCUCGUGUUCAGGAGUUUAUCAGCAGUGGGGAUACGCUCUGCCUGCCUGACCUUAAACGACUGCCUGUCACCUCUACAACCACAAAAAGAGAGGAGAGCAAGGAAAGAGAGAUAAGUGGGGAACAGGAGAUACAGAAUGCCACAGAGGGACACACGGAGGUUGGAGAGGUACAGAGGAAUAAAGAAAAAGACAUAGAGAUGGAGUGGAUGCUACUAAGAGACAGAGACAAUGCAAUGGGAGUUGAGAUGAAUGGGUGCCCGUCAUCUGCCGUUACUUUCCCCUCUGAGAUGUUAGCCCCUGAUGGACAUUUAAGAGCGGUUCACACAUUACCAAACUUCACCCAGGCCCUGUCUGAAGCACGGAAAGCAAGAUACAUAAGACACAGAGGACAACCACUGUGUGAGCGAGAACUCACCAUUCGGGAGAUAUUUUCCAGGGACCCCAAAGAUACAUAAAAGUAACAAAAAUCACUUUGAAUCGUAUACUAAAAUAUUGUAAUAUUGCUCUGACGUAUGUGUAUAAAAUGUAUGAACUGCAAAAAUGUAAAUGUUUACUGAAUUACAGUUGUUUCAUGUUUUUAAUUUGUUAAUUGAACAAGGGCACAUUGCGCAUGCAUAAUAAUUGUAAUAUUAAAUGAUUCCAGGGACUUAUAUAUGCCCUCAAGUACAAACACCUUUCAAUGCACAUCAGUAUACUGUUAUGUACAAUAUCUGUGCUGUAACCAAUUACACCAAUAAAAACAACCAAGUUAUAUAUUGUUGUGUUU